AUGGAUGAACGAAGGAGUGGGCGAGGGUCUAGGCAAGCCCAACCUCAAGGGGAUGAACAAGGAUCGGCAACUGGACCGACUCGAGGACAAGAGAAUAUAGAGGUUAACCAAAUGGCUACUGCCAUUAAUAGGAUGACUGAUAUUCUUGAACGAUUAGCUGAGAGACAGGGUCCAGGGCCACUUAACCAACCCGGAGCCCAGGAUAGAGGGGAAGAUAGAGCCUUGGAGAGGUUUCUGAAAUUUAAUCUGCCUAAGUUUAUUGGAGGACCUGACCCCGAAUUAGCGGAGAAUUGGUUAGAAAGAAUGACCAAUAUUUUCGCCGUUCUAAAUUAUGCGGAGGAGAGGCGAGUGACUUUUGCUGUCUUUCAGUUUGAGGGUGCAGCACGCGCUUGGUGGGAUAUGAUAAGGGGAAAAUGGGAAAGAGCACAAACCCCUUGGACUUGGGAAAAUCUUUUAAGAGAGUUUAAUGAGAAGUUUUUUCCGCCCUUGAUUCAAGAAAAACGGGAGAAUGAAUUCAUAAAAGUAAAGCGGGGGGCAUCUAGCGUGGCUGAGUAUGAAGGAAAAUUUACUAAAUUUUCUAAGUACGCCCUAGAAUUGGUAGCCACUGAGAGGAGAAGGAUAAGGCGAUUUGUACAGGGACUUAACGUGGAGAUUCAAGAGGGGUUAGCAGCAGCCCAAAUCUCUACUUUCCCCGAAGCCCUAGAGAAGGCACAGAGAGUCGAAAGUGCAAGAGUACAAGUUAAGCAUUUUCAUGCCAAAAAAAGGGGCACUCCUAGUCAUCCUCUUGGACAAGUAGAUAAGGGUGCCGCACCUUCUAAAAAGGAAAAAGGAACGGGAGGAGUAGAGACAUCUAGUACAUCAAAAAGGACUCAAUCAAGAGGAGGCCACAAUAGACGAGGUCAACAAAGGGAGACACCUCUAAGUGGUCAGGCUGUGGCUCCUCAAGUUAUUUGUGGUUAUUGUCGUAAACCUAACCAUACAGAGAAUGAGUGCUGGAAGAAAUCAGGAAAGUGUUUGUAUUGUUGUAGCAUUAAACAUCAGAUCGCGAACUGUCCGAGUAUACCAAAGAAAGGAGGUAGUGCUCAACGUCCAGACAAGUCGGUAUCUAAACAAUCUAAUGGUGGAGGAAGUCGAUCAAAAGCGCCAGCUAGGAUUUAUGCAUUAGAUUAUCAUCAGGUUUCCGAUCCCGCUAAGGUGAUUGAAGGUUUAUGA